AUGGCGACAGCUACCACACCAAUCACUCCCCUUCCUUCAGCCCCAACCUCGAAGCUCAGUCAUCUCUCGCAAGACGAGCAAGACGCGCUCAAAGCUGCCGUCUUCCAACGCCUCCACCCACGCGCCUAUCUCGAAAAGUUCCUUGCAGAAGGCGUAAGACCAGAUGGUCGCCCAUUUGAUGGCUUCCGUGACGUGUCUGUGAAUGUCGGCUCCAUUUCUACGGCAGAUGGUUCGGCACUGGUUCGGAUGGGGAAUACGACGGUCGUAUGUGGUGUCAAGGCAGAGAUCGCGGAGCCUGAGUUGGAUAAGGAAGAGGAGGGGUUCUUGGUACCCAAUCUCGACCUACCAGCAAUGUGUUCGCCCAAGUUCAAGCCUGGUCCGCCGUCAGAGGAGGCCCAGGUACUUUCAGAUAGGCUUAACCAAGCUUUGCUCGCCUCAAACCUCCUACCAUUGAAAACAUUGUGCAUCGAGAAAGGGAAGGCUGUUUGGGUGCUCUACGUCGACGCAACCUGCAUCAACUACGACGGAAACGCAUUUGACGCGACACUGUUGGCGAUGGUGGCGGCUCUCCGGAAUACUACUUUGCCGAAAGCGACCUACAACGCGGAGACAGGUCAGACACUAUGCUCGCGGAAGACGCUCCGUGUGCCCCUCCAGCUUUCGCCUAGCUCACCCAUCAGCAUGUCUUUUGGGAUCUUCGACUCAAAAGAUGUGCUAGCCGAUCCAACAUCGUUCGAAGAACCUCUGCUCGACACGACCAUUUCCAUCAUCCUUGGAGAUUUCAACCAAAUCGUAUCAGUAUCGCAGUUUGGUUCUGCUACAUUAAUUGCAAAAGAAGAUGGGCAGGAGACGAGACGAGACACUUUGCCGAAGUGCAUCGAGGUUGCGAAGGCAAGACGGGAGGAAGUCGCAAACGAGAUCUUUACCCAAUGA